CCUGCUGCUGCUUAGCCCCCCGGGGGUUGCCACGGCGCGUAAGCAACCAUGUUCAUCGGUCCGUUGAAGGGAUCGUAGCCGCACGACGUUCUGCCGUGCCUGUAAAAUCACCUGUAACACAUACUGCCGCGUUGGAGGCGAAAAUGAAUGAAGUUUAACGAUAACAGAAAAGAAAAGAAAAGAAAAAAGGGCAAAUCGCUGUUCCAGCAGUAUGUGUUACAGGUGACAAAAGUGACUGCUUGUUCAUGGGAAAGCUACGUCGCCGUCGAUUUUUGGCAGCCGAGUUGGUCUGGACCCUGGAGCAGCAGCAUCGUCCUCUGCUGUCGUGGACUGAUGAGCUUGCGGGAGAGUUGUGGUGGGGCGUCUGCCUGAAGGCUCGAAUCAGGUGCGGACACGUCCGGGGCGAGUGGCGGGGCGGGCCACGAGUCUUUGCGCCGUCCGUCCAUGCGUUCGCCGUGGGACGGGGCGGGACAGCCACAAACGCGGCGGCCGCGCGCGUGGACGCGCCCCCGCCCACCCGCACGGCACAAAGAGUGGAGGAGAGGGAGGGCCAAACUUUUUCCCCAACCUCGGUUACCACUCGCUCCCUACCGCCUCCACGUCUCGGCGUCUCCGUCCUCCGUUACACUACCUCGAUCAACCUUCCUUCCUUCCCUCCUUUCACCAUGGAGGCCGCCGCGUCGGCGUCGGCGCCGGCGCCGCGCCUGCUGCAGUGCGGGGGGUUCGGCCGGGGCCGGGUCGUGGCCGGCCUCGUCUCCCCGCUCCCGCGCCGCUCCGGGAAGCAGCACCAACACCAGCGCCGCCUCCGCCGCGUGCUCGCCGUCGCCACCGAGCCCAGGCCCCCGCCGGCCCCCCCGCGCACCGGCAGGACCAGGGCCAACACCAUCCAGUCCACCAGGUUCGGGGACGUGUCCAAGGAGAUCAAGCGGGUGCGGAAGCAGAUGGAGGAGGACGAGCAGCUGGCCUCCCUCAUGCGCGGCCUCCGCGGCCAGAACCUCCGCGACGACCAGUUCGCCGACAAGGACGUCACCAUGCGCCUCGUCGAGGUGACCAACACCGAGGGGCUGCCUCUCGUGUACAGCCCCGACAUCAUUUCGGCCUACUGGGGCAAACGCCCGGGCGCCGUCGCCACCCGAGCCGUGCAGCUCCUGUCCGUGGCCGGUGGGUUCAUCUCCCACAUCAUAUCGGACCUCAUCACCGACAAAAUCAAGGAGAACGAAGUGACGCGCGCGAUCGAGCUGAGGGAGAUCGUCACGUCUCUGGGCCCUGCCUACAUCAAGCUCGGCCAGGCGCUCAGCAUCCGGCCCGACAUUCUGUCCCCUGCGGCGAUGACCGAGCUGCAGAAGCUAUGCGACAAGGUUCCUUCGUUUCCUGACGAUAUCGCGAUGGCUCUCCUGGAGGAAGAGCUUGGCCGGCCAUGGCAAGACAUAUACUCCGAACUGUCUCCCUCCCCGAUUGCUGCAGCAUCUCUGGGACAGGUGUACAAAGGCCGGUUGAAAGAAACUGGAGAACUGGUAGCUGUGAAAGUGCAGAGGCCAUUCGUACUUGAGACUGUCACCAUAGAUCUAUUCAUCAUUAGAAACUUGGGGUUGGUUCUCAAGAGGUUUCCACAGGUCGCCCUUGAUGUUGUUGGCCUAGUAGAUGAGUGGGCUGCCCGGUUUUUUGAAGAACUUGAUUAUGUCAACGAAGGGGAAAAUGGCACCCUCUUCGCUGAAAUGAUGAGAGAAGAUCUUCCUCAGGUUGUUGUACCAAGGACAUACCCUGAAUAUACGUCUAGAAAAGUUCUUACCACAGGGUGGGUAGAUGGUGAGAAGCUUUCACAGAGUACUGAGGAUGAUGUUGGGUCAUUGGUUAAUGUUGGUGUUAUAUGCUAUCUAAAGCAGUUACUUGAUACUGGAUUCUUCCAUGCUGACCCUCAUCCUGGAAAUAUGAUUAGGACACCAGAUGGAAAGCUUUGUAUUCUUGAUUUUGGGCUUGUGACAAAACUGACAGAUGAUCAGAAGUACGGAAUGAUUGAAGCAAUAGCUCACCUUAUUCAUCGUGAUUAUGAUGCAAUCGUGAAGGACUUUGUGAAGCUUGGUUUCAUCCCUGAGGGAGUUAACUUGGAUCCAAUCUUACCUGUGCUGGCUAAAGUUUUUGAUCAGGCACUUGAAGGAGGUGGUGCGAAGAAUAUUAACUUUCAAGAGUUGGCAGCGGAUCUAGCACAGAUAACAUUUGAUUACCCAUUCAAGAUACCUCCGUAUUUUGCUUUGAUUAUUAGAGCAAUUGGAGUACUAGAAGGUAUUGCUUUGGUGGGUGACCCUGAAUUUGCCAUUGUGGAUGAAGCAUAUCCAUAUAUUGCACAGAGGCUGCUAACGGAUGAAUCACCUCGACUAAGGAGUGCCUUGCGUUACACAAUAUAUGGCAAAACAGGUGUCUUUGACGCAGAGAGGUUCAUUGACGUCAUGCAAGCUUUCGAGAAUUUCAUUAGUGCAGCCAAGAGUGGUGGUGGGGAGGACAUGAAGGGUAACAUGGCGGAGCUGGGUGCUAUAGGAUUCCAACCUAGCACCAGUUUAGUUCCUGCAUUCCCAAUGGCCAUUUCCCAACCCGAGAACCCAAUCAAAGCCCGGGCUGCUCUCUCGUUUCUACUCUCUGACAGGGGUGACUUCUUCCGGGAGUUCAUUCUUGAUGAGAUUGUGAAAGCCAUCGACGCGGUUUCAAGGGAGCAAUUGCUACAAAUUGCUUCAUCUUUUGGGGUCAGAAAUCCCGUCCCGGUUUUCGGCAUGGUUCCUGUGAGGUCCGGAGCAUUGCUUCCUACAAUCACAGAGGAAGACAGGGUCAUCUUGAACAACGUCGAGAAGGUCGUCAAGUUUCUAUCGGCUGGGACGGCAAAUCCAACAGCCAACGGGGACGUAAAUGUCGUGUCUCUGGUGCAAGAGCUUCUACCCGUGUUGCCGAGCAUCACGUCGAAGAUCCUACCAGAUGUCCUGAGCCGGUUGUCAUCUCGUGUAUUCGCACGGGUGAUCCGGGAAUCAUUUUUGUGAAGCGCUCUCAGUUUUGUUUUCUUCUUUUGACAGGAAAUUAGAGAGUUAUUUCUCCUUUUCCUUUCAUGCAAACCACACACACAUACAAGAUGAUAGAAUGAUGUACAGAAACAUGAUGUAUAUAUAAUCUGUGCCUGCCUACAUAUAUGUAGAUUAACCAAUGUUUAACCAGCAA